AUGCUUAUCAAGACAUUUGUAUUUGGCGCCCUGGCCGCCACGGUUGCCGCCGGCUCGGCCGUCAUCGACCUUACUCCCUCCAACUUUGACAAGGUGGUUCUCAAGUCCGGAAAGCCGACUCUGGUCGAGUUCUUCGCCCCAUGGUGCGGGCAUUGCAAGAAGCUGGCUCCCGUGUACGAGGAGCUAGCCACUUCCUUCGAGCACGCCAAGGACAAGGUGCAGAUCGCAAAGGUUGACGCCGACGCCGAGAAGUCGCUUGGCAAGAGGUUCGGCAUCCAGGGCUUCCCUACCAUCAAGUUCUUUGACGGCACGAGCGACAAGCCUAUCGAAUACAGCUCCGGCCGCGACAUUGACAGCCUGACCACCUUCAUCACGACCCAGACCGACGCCAAGCCCAAGAAGAAGCUCGAGAUGCCCAGCGACGUGCAGAUGCUCGAUGACAGCUCAUUUGACUCUGUUGUCGGCGGUGACAAGAACGUCCUGGUUGCCUUUACUGCUCCUUGGUGUGGACAUUGCAAGAGCCUUGCCCCCAUCUGGGAGACUGUGGCCACCGACUUCGCCAACGACGCCAACAUUGUCAUCGCCAAGGUCGACGCCGAUGCUCCCACCGGCAAGGCCACCGCCAAGGCGUACGGCGUGAGCGGAUACCCCACCAUCAAGUUCUUCCCCGCUGGCAGCAAGGAGGCCGUCGACUUCAACAGCGGCCGCAGCGAGAAGGACAUUGUCAAGUUUGUCAACGACAAGGCCGGCACCCACCGCGUCGCCGGUGGUGGCCUCGACGCCGUUGCCGGCACCGUCGCCACCCUCGAUGCCGUCGUCGGCAAGCUGACUACCGCCUCGACGGCCGGCGAGCUCAUCAAAGAGGCCAAGGAGGAGGCCGAGAAGCUCAAGGACACAGCCCAGCACACGUACGCCGAGUACUACGUGCGUGUAUUCGACAAGCUCAGCCAGAAGGACGACUACGCCUCCAAGGAGCUGGCUCGUCUCGAGGGCAUCCUGUCCAAGGGUGGGCUGGUUCCCACCAAGCGCGACGAGCUCCAGAGCAAGACCAACGUGCUGCGCAAGGUCGUCGCCAAGCUCUCCGGUGAGGUCAAGGAUGAGCUUUGA